AUGGCCUCCCGCUCUGGCGUCGCUCGUUUCAAAAGGGCUAUACACGCUAUCCAAAAUUCAGCCAACUCUGAACGAAGCUCGUCUCCUCCAUCUUCUCCCUCCCGCUCUGCCGACGAGCUGUCAAUAUCUGCUCGUGGAACCACUGUCACCUCCUCAACACUUCCUUCACUUCUCCAGUACGUCAACUCUCGCCUCCCAGCCCAACAGGCCACGCCAACCGCAGAAGAACCAUCGAACAACCUCGCACAACAGGACCCUCAAAGCAAUUUGAAGGGUGAUGCACAGCCCAAACCCGAACCCACUCGUUCGCAGACCACUGUUCUCGUUGAUGAAUUUGAAGCUGCGCUCCCUCGCCUAACCACACUUUUCUUCGAAGCAACCAAUCCGACGGCCAACACGGUGGAUGAUUCUUGUAUCGAUUGCUUUGCAACGGCCCACCGACACCAACCCCUCCAUUGGGCGCGCAUCUGGAACCCCGAAAACCAGUACUUCGAGCGCAAAGACCUUUCGGAAAUCCAACCCAAAUCGACAUUCAUACUGGGCCAUGCGCGCGAUGGUGGCCGUUGCUCGACACCCUCGAACAAGGUCACCUUGACUUUGGUGGAUGUCAACGGUAUCCACAAAGUUCACGCUGCCUUUUGCGACUGUCAAGGAAUCCACGAUCGCGUAACCCAGCUCAUGAAGUCCGGUUUCUUCCCUGCAACACCCACCCUCCCUCGAACAGCGUUCUCAUUCGCAGUGCUUCGCCUAUUCCACCUCCUUCAACUAGAAGCCAAAGCUUCAGCCUACGAUUUCUGUUCCGCUUUACGCCGUCUCUCUGAUAACGUGUUCACCGAUCGCAUUCCGAAUAUAUACCCUCAGUUCAUCGUAGCAAUGCAAGUCUGGCGAGUUAUGGUAGCCACCAAGCGCUCUGGUCAGGCCCAUGGAAUUGAUUCAAUCCUGACACAUCGACAAUCCGGAAAUCUCCUUGUCCACUGUCCUGUCUGUCCAGAACCUUUCGUCAACACCGAUGUGAAUGCCAAAAGGGUUCCUGGCGCGUUCAGUCAACUCCAGCUCACUGCCGAUGGAAACCACCAUGCAAAUCGGUACAUGAAAAACACGGAUCCGCUCAACCGCUCCCUUUUUGACGGACGUGGCUACUUCCCUCGCGACGAUGAGUACAAGGCGUAUCUGGGUCGACUGGACCACAAUGUGGGAGAGAAAUCAACGUGCAACUAUCUGAACGCGGCGGAGAAGCAAGAUCGUAAGAAGUUCAAGAAUAUGGACAUCACAGGUGUCGUCAAAAUUGAUUGCUCUCAUUGCUUCAUCAAGUCUGUGGUGGACCUGCAACUCGGCGAACGCUUUCCCAACACCGACAUGGCGCUUGUUCGAGCCCUCCUACUUUACAAGAUCGUUAGUCCUGACGGGUCACCUCAUCACAUAAUCGCCCAUGAUGUCGUCCUCUCUUAUGAUAUUGCAUGCGCCUAUAUCCGAAAACUCAUAGACCGUGUUUGUGCGAUGUUCAAGGAAGCCAGCGUGAAGGGUGUGAACGACGUAGUGAAGCGUAUUCGGUGCAUCAUUCCCGCUGUCCAUGUUCAUAACCACCAGGACUCUUGUAUGUAUUGCUUUGGACCGGCGUACACUCAACACAUCGGUCACUUCCACGGCGAAACAGCGGAGCAACCAUGGGUGGAACUAAACCAGCUGGGUCCUCAAAUCCGACAAAUGAACAACGGUCACCGGCAGGACUGCAUCAUUGACUUCUUCAGCGACUGGAACUGGAAGAAGCUCCGGCAAAUGGCGUCGACCUUGGAGUCAGAAACCAAAGAUGCAAGAGAUACAUACCAUCAGCACAAGAUCCGUUUCCACGCCCUGUGCGAGCUCCAUAAAACCAAAAUUGGCGAAUGGAACAAGCUCGAUCGUGAGAAGCGGGAGGUGAAAGGCAAAGAAUGCGACUGUGUUUAUAGCCACUCGAAGCGCAAAGUCCCAUCCCAACAGUCCAUCGUCGAUGCACUCCUAGCUUCCACCAAUGUUACAUCACGAUCGGCUUCGGUGACAAUGGAUACCACCGUCAACUUUGUCAACGAAGGUAUCUCGAUCCAAAUCCUGCAGUUCGAAAUCCGUACCAAGAUGGCCUCCUUGAAGGACCACCCUCUUUCCUCUCUGGAGAAGGAGGUUGAAACCAAUACUAAGGCUUUGAAGAAGCGACUCGAUGCGUGGCGAUUAGACCAGAAGACUCAUAUGCCAAGUAUAUCCGAACAUCUCACCCUUCAUCUCGCCACGAAACCCCAUAUCUCGGAUGAGCGGCUCUUUCUCCCAUCGGAUUUCAGCCAUGACCUUCACGCCCAGCUCCAGAUCGUCCAUCUCGCUGAAGUCGAGAUCAAGCUACGCGAGGGGGUUGCCUUCGAUACAAUCAAGACCAUUCAGCAAUAUGUGAAGACAUCGGACGCCCUCCUUCACCACAAGCGAACCGAUGCUCGAGGUCAAGACCAGAACACGCGUGCCAACGUCCAGAUCUCAAGGGUGGCAGCCAAAAAGAAGGGGUUGAUCGACCUCUACAACGCGAACCGGAAUGCUAUACUCGGUCUCGGACAUCCUCAGUCAGACACAUUGUCUCGCAGCUUUCCCGAAAUGAAAAUUGAAGACACGAUGCGACGCGCAGUGAUGGCAAAGCGAGCUCUGGGAGACUCGAGACGAUUUGACGGGUCUCUUUGGGCUGCAGGUACCGCAGGACGCAGUGACGCGACAAAAAAGCGUAAGAGCGCUCCUUCAACCUCCUUCGCUACUGGUACUUCGAAACACCCACCAGCAGCUAGCUCCUCCGCUGCUAUCUCGAAGACGAUUGACAUCGAGGAUGGAUGGAUCUGGCGCCUUGGAUCGGUGGGGAAACUGACUGAGGAUGAGGUUCGAGAAUGGGAAGAGGAAGGUGACCGUGUGCACUGGUUUCGAGCUGAGGCUGAUAUGGAACGAUGGCGGGAGCAGUGGGAAAUCAAGCUCAUUGAGUGCAUUCGCUGCAUUCGAAGCUUUGAGAAGAUGGCGGAGACGUGGCUAACCCUGUCCAGGAAAUCCGGAAUGCCAGCAUCCCAAGCUUCGUUUGCUCGAAAGCAAGCUGCCAUGUAUCGGACGCUUGGUGAAGGGGUGGCCAGGGUGUUCUCCGAGCUUCAGUCGAAUGAACCAACGAGGUAUGUUGAUGGUGAAGACGUAGUCGAGUACAUCACCCGCCAUCGCCGUGCUGAACUUGCAGGGUUUCAUCCCAACCACACGCCACGGCUCCUCUUGCAUGGGUUGGUGGGUGGGAAGGAUCAUGGGGAGGAUGGGGAGGAUGGGGAGAGCGGGAAGGAUGGGAAGGAGGGAGGGGAGGAGAGAGAGGGUGGUGGUGGGAAGGGAGGGGAGGGAGAGGACUUUACGAACGAAGAAAAACGCGCCCUCGAACGCUCGCUCGUUUCGUACCUCACCGACGAGUAUAAGGUCAUACUUGGGCGGGGAGGGGGGUUUCAUUUCUUAGAGCCAGGCUGGGUCCGGCUAACAUUCAGUCUCAAACGCGAAGUUGUAGACGAGGGGUUGAGGAGGAUCGAGGAUGCGUUUGGGUGGGAGCGGUGGAGUGGGUUGGGGCGUGCGUGA